AUGGAGCAACAUAGAGAGCCCAAGUUGGACGUCGAGUCGCCCCCGCCCGGGGUAGUAUGGCGCGAUGGGGACGACACUUCGGAGCCCUCGAUCGCCCACGAUGAGGCGAAGAGGGAGCAGAAGUUGAUUCGCAAAAUGGACUUAUAUAUCCUGCCUUUUGUGGUUUUGUUAUAUUUGUUUAGCUUUUUGGAUCGAGUGAAUAUUGGAAAUGCCCGUCUAUACGGUCUGGAGGAAGACCUGGGCUUGGUUGGGGAUCAGUACCAGGUCGCUGUGUCCAUCUUAUUCGUCACAUACUGUUUGUUCGAAGUCCCCUCAAACCUAGUCAUCAAAAAACUUAGACCUUCGCGCUACAUCGCCUCAAUUUCCGUCAUCUGGGGCAUCAUCGCGACAUUGACAGGCAUUUGCCAGAGCUACGGCGGCCUGAUUGCCUGCCGUGUCCUCUUAGGCGUCGUAGAAGCCGGUCUCUUCCCCGGUAUGAUGACCUAUCUCACCCUUUUCUACAGCAAACGCGAAAUCGCCCUGCGUACGGGGUACCUGUUCAGCAGUUCGGCCGCAGCUGGCGCAUUCGGUGGUCUUCUCGCGUACGGAAUCGGAUUUAUGGACGGCGUCAGUGGCCUCCGCGGCUGGCGCUGGAUUAUGAUUAUCGAGGGUAUUCCGACGGUCAUCAUCGGCGUGCUGACGUGGUUCUUCCUCGCUGAUGCCCCAGAUACGGCGUACUAUCUCAAUGAGGAAGAAAGAGCACUUGUUGUUAAGUUUCGCUCCCGACAUGCAGGGCAUACAGCGUCUGCGCAAAAGUUCCACUGGGCGGACGUCAAAGACGGAGCUACGGACUGGAAGAUUUACGCUUUCUCGAUCGGCCAAUUUGGUGUUGAUACCAUGCUCUACGGAUACAGUACCUUCCUACCCACUAUCAUCGAAGGAAUGGGACCCUCCUGGUCUACAGCGGAAGUCCAGGCACUCACGAUCCCUUGCUACGCAGUAGGCGCCAUCGCCUAUCUGGCAGUAGCAUGGCUAAGUGACCGACUGCAACGCCGCGCAAUAUUCGUCUGCAUCUUCUGCGCAAUCUCCAUGAUCGGAUACGGGAUCUUGAUCUCAGACACACCCUCUGGAGUACACUAUUUCGGCGCGUUGCUUGUCGCGCUGGGUCUUUAUGUGGCUGUUGGUUUACCGCUGGCUUGGUUGCCGACUAACCUGCCGCGGUACGGCAAGCGGACGUUUGCGACGGGGUUGCAGCUUACGUUUGGUAAUGUUAGUGGUGUUAUGUCGCCUUUCUUGUAUAAGAGCAAUGAAGCGCCGCGGUAUGUGAGGGGAAAUGCUGUGACAUGUGGUUUGGUGGGCUUUGGAGGGAUUGUGUUUGGUCUCAUGUGGGUUUAUUAUAACAUUGUGAACCGACAAAGGGCCCAUGGUGAGGAGGAUGAGAAUAUUACGGGGAUGACAGAAGAGGACAUUCAAGAGAUGGGAGAGAAGAAUCCCCGCGGAGUAUCGCGGAGGAGAGGAUGGAAUAUCCAUCACCAUUUGGGCGGGAAUGGGCCAUGGGUUGAGAUGAUUGACGAUGAAGAAUUCAGGCCGAGAGGAAUUCAUCCCCCCGAGGGCUGUACUGUUGAUCAGAUACAUAUGAUUGCGCGCCAUUCAGAAAGAUAUCCCACGACAUCGGCAGGAGAUCGUCAUCUUGCUCUUAUGAAACGCAUCGAAGAGGCAAACGUACCUCUGAACGGCUCCCUGUCGUUCCUGAACAAUUGGACCUAUUUCACCAACGACCCGUCAAAGGAUCUUAAUCAAUUAACUACCACGGGUCCCUAUGCAGGCACGCUUCAAGCGUUCACCACUGGUGUCCGUUUUCGAACCCGCUAUGGGCAUAUCUUGCCGAACAACAUAAAGACACGGUUUUGGGCCAGUGACUCAAACCGUGUUAUCCAGACUGCCAAGUAUUUCUCUUCGGGGCUUUUUGGCCUGAACUGGGAAAAGGACGGGGAUGCGGUAUUGCAAAUCAUCCCCGAAACUUUUGAACAACGUGCAGAUACACUGACACCCGGUGAUACAUGCCUAAAUUAUCUUGAGGAUAAUCUACAGGGUCAUGAUAACGGGGAGAACGUGCUGGCACUAUUUCAGGGUACAUAUAUCCCGCCAAUUGCAAAACGACUGAUUGAAGAACAGAAUGGAGAUCUCGGGAUGUUCACACUCGCUGAAGUAUACAGCAUGCAAGAAAUGUGCGGGUUCGAGACAACUGUUCGAGGAUCAAGUCCCUGGUGCGAUAUCUUCACUUAUGAAGAAUGGGAAAGUUUCGCAUAUGCUCGUGAUGUGCUCCAUUACUAUCGCGCGGGUCCUGGAAAUCCCUAUGCCGGUGCGAUGGGCUGGCUUUGGUUGAACGCGACAACAUCACUUUUACGCUCGGGUCCUGAUGCUGGUUCUAUGUUCCUUAGCUUUGUCCACGAUGGCGACAUAGCCCCAUUCCUUACUGCGCUAGAUAUCUUUCAGGACUCGAAACACGAUCCAAACCUCCCAACCACCCAUGUUGCAAAUGACCGCGUCUGGCGUACGUCCUCUAUCCUGCCAAUGGGUGCUCGAAUAACUCUGGAACGGAUGACUUGUCCAUCGCCUUCUUUGGACCAGGACGACACUUUUGUCCACAUCAACAUUAAUGACAGGAUUAAGCCGUUGCCCUACUGCAAAUCUGGGCCUGGUGCUUCUUGUCCAUUGUCAGAUUUUGUCGGUCAUGAUUCAAACGAUAAAUACCAAAAAUAG